AUGACCAUAAUGAUUCCAUAUGUUUCCGAUAUAUGUCAAUCCAGAUACCUAUCCUUCCAUAAUAAACUUCUGAACCAUCCAAACUCUCUUCUUUCCAACAUUGCUUCCUCUUCUAUUCCUGAUAAUCCUCCGAGGCGUCUGAAAAGAAGACGGCGAAGCCUGGAGACCGACUCUGAGGAGGAGGAGCGGCCUGCUCGGAACGCAGCGAACGCCAGAGAACGCGCGCGGAUGAGAGUGCUCUCGCGAGCGUUCAGCAGACUGAAGACUACCCUGCCCUGGGUCCCGCCCGACACCAAGCUGUCCAAGCUGGACACGCUGCGCCUCGCCACCAGCUAUAUCGCGCACCUGCGCAGGGUCUUGGGGGCUGGCCAGCCGCAGCCUUCUCUGCCUCACCCGCAAAUGUUCUCCAACGGUGUAGACCUAAAGCGUUUCGGUCGAGGCCUCCUUCGCAUUCCUCCACCACCUGGCUUUCCGUAG